UCAAGAAGUGAAGUUUACUUAUGUGUUGUUGUGUUCGUACGCCGCGAUGUUUGUCAGAUGAUAAUUUGCACAACCAAAGUAAUAAAUAUGCAAUGUUUAAUUAACUGCAGGCGUAAUUUUUUGCAACGUGUUUGUGUAGAAUCUUAAAAAAUCCAGGCGAGCUAAUUUCUACCAUUCCGUUAAGAGAUUUCUCGUAUAAAAAGUUGUUUGUUGGCAUCAAUGAACAUGAAGUGUCUGCGGGCAUUAUCGAUAAAAUACAACAGUAUCCAAUUAAUCGUAGAAAAUUUUGUAAACAUACUAAAAUCAUAUUUUAAUUAAAUGCAGGCUUAUAAAGCUCGGUUUUAAUUAAAUUACUAAUGUUUGUGGUUCAUUUGUUAGUUAAUGUGAGUGCGUCAGUUGUGUGAAAAGUGUUUUACGAAGGACUUAAAUAAUCUAUAAGUGAUACUUAUUGUUUGCAUUGCAUUGUCAAGAAUACCUUAAUUAUAGAUUAAAUAUGGCUGAGGCGGCAGCGAAUGAUCAAAUUCAUGGUUAUCAUGAUAAUGACUCGAGUGAUACAUGCCAUUUACGUAUUAUAAUUAUUAAUGGAAAAUCUUUAGCGAAAAAGGACAUUUUUGGAGCAAGUGAUCCAUAUGUAAGGAUUGAUUUAAAUACAAUUAAUGGUGAUAUAAAUAUAGAUUCAGUUUUGACCAAGACCAAAAAGAAGACUCUCAACCCAACUUGGAAUGAAGAAUUCGUAUUCAGGGUGAAACCUUCAGAGCACAAAUUGGUGUUUCAAGUAUUUGAUGAAAAUCGUUUAACACGUGAUGACUUUCUUGGCAUGGUUGAACUGACGCUAAAUAAUUUACCCACAGAGCAAGAAAAUACUACUAUAAGUCCACAAAGCUACUCACUAAGACCGAGAAGGUCAGUAGGCAGCGCAAAGUCACGGAUAAAAGGCACGCUAGAGAUUUAUCAUGCAUUUGUACAUGAAUCGGGGGAGGCAAACGAAGCUGACGCAGUUGAUGGGGAAUGGGAGCAUUUGGAGAAUACCUCAAGAAUGAGUGGAACUCAAACGGGACAAUUCCCUUCCAAUGUCAGUCACGACCCUUUGCCAUCUGGCUGGGAAGAACGGCAAGAUGCAAAUGGGAGAACUUAUUAUGUGAAUCAUACUGCACGUACGACGCAAUGGGAACGGCCAUUAGUCUCGGCAACUAGCAACAGUAAUGUAAACGUUGAAGCAGCUGCAUCUGAUUUCCAAAGACGUUUUCAUAUUAGUGUUGAUGAAUCUGACUCCGGCAGACCUCCGGCUACCCCGAGAUCAGAUGAAGAUGCUUUGCCGCCGAAUUGGUCUAUGCAGGUAGCACCGAACGGUAGAACAUUUUUCAUAGAUCAUGCUGCGCGACGCACGACAUGGAUUGAUCCACGUAAUGGACGCGCUAGCCCAAUGCCUAAUCAAACGCGUAGAGUCGAGGAUGAUUUGGGACCUCUGCCAGAGGGCUGGGAAGAACGUGUUCAUACGGAUGGACGCGUGUUUUAUAUUGAUCAUAACACUCGCACCACACAGUGGGAAGAUCCAAGAUUAUCAAAUCCAAAUAUAGCUGGUCAGGCCGUACCAUAUUCCAGAGACUACAAACAAAAGUACGAGUAUUUCAAGAGUCAUAUUAGAAAACCGACAAAUGUUCCAAAUAAAUUUGAGAUUCGUAUACGUCGUACCUCGAUUUUAGAGGAUUCCUAUCGGAUUAUUAACUCUGUGACUAAAACUGAUUUAUUAAAAACUAAACUGUGGGUAGAAUUCGAGGGUGAAACGGGAUUAGAUUACGGUGGUCUGGCAAGGGAAUGGUUCUACUUGCUGUCAAAGGAAAUGUUUAAUCCAUACUAUGGACUGUUUGAAUAUUCGGCAAUGGAUAAUUACACAUUACAAAUUAAUAACGGCAGUGGUUUAUGCAAUGAGGAGCAUUUGAGUUAUUUCAAAUUCAUUGGUCGCAUUGCUGGUAUGGCUGUUUAUCAUGGCAAACUAUUAGAUGCAUUUUUCAUUCGUCCAUUUUAUAAGAUGAUGCUUCAAAAGCCAAUUGAUUUAAAGGAUAUGGAAUCAGUUGAUACCGAGUAUUAUAAUUCACUGAUGUGGAUAAAAGAGAAUGAUCCCCGGCAAUUGGAAUUGACUUUUUCAUUGGAUGAAGACACGUUUGGCCAAAAGAGUCAACACGAACUAAAGCCAGGAGGCUCCAAUAUUGAAGUUACUGACGAAAAUAAAGAUGAAUAUAUUAAGCUUGUUAUUGAAUGGCGUUUUGUUGCACGAGUCAAGGAACAGAUGUCAUCGUUUUUGGAUGGAUUUGGCUCAAUAAUUCCAUUAAAUUUAAUUAAGAUAUUUGACGAACACGAGUUGGAAUUGUUAAUGUGUGGCAUACAGAAUAUUGACGUGAAGGAUUGGCGAGAAAAUACUUUAUACAAGGGAGACUAUCAUCAAAAUCAUAUAAUAAUUCAAUGGUUUUGGCGUGCAGUGCUCUCAUUUUCGAACGAGAUGCGUUCACGUUUAUUACAGUUUGUUACUGGCACAUCACGCGUUCCAAUGAAUGGCUUCAAAGAGUUGUACGGCUCAAAUGGUCCGCAAAUGUUUACCAUAGAAAAAUGGGGUACUCCUAACAAUUAUCCUAGAGCACAUACAUGUUUCAAUCGUUUGGAUCUACCACCAUACGAAGGUUAUGUCCAGUUGAAAGAUAAACUAGUUAAAGCUAUUGAGGGCAGUCAAGGUUUUGCUGGCGUCGAUUAAUAUCUCUAGCAGUGGUAAAAUUCCCUAUAUCAACGAAAAAUUCCGCCGUAUAAGAUAAAUUGCGGAUUCGAGGCCUUUUACGCUGACUUGUGUACUUAUUUUUCUGUUUAUUACUAUAUAUUAAUAAUUUUACGAACUUCCUGUUAUAAAAAAAAAAAUAUAAAUACCAAAUUACUUCAUACUAUUUUUGUUUAUAA